GGAAAGCUGCAGCUCGAGGCGAUGGCAGCCACGGUGACGGACUCCGGCGGCGUGAGGAUCAUCACAGAGGUCAUCCCGGCCACAGACCCGCGUGCGGCCCAGCUGGCCUCCAGCUCUGUGCCACCUGCACCCACCGUGUCCUCGUUCCAAGUCAAGGGCUUCAGAAAAUCGCAGCCCAAACUGCUGGGGACCAUCCACAUCGUCACCGGCAUCAUUCACUUCUGCUUCGGGAUCAUCCUGACUGCGGCGGAGCACAGGGACUUUUCCCUCCCUGUGGCCAGCGGGAUCCUCUUCUGGCUCGGGGUCCUGCAGCUCCUGGUCUCAGGUUCUCUCCUAGUGGAAAGUGACAAAAGAGAGAACAUCCUGCUGGUGAAGGCCUGCUGCGUCCUCAACGCCGGGGUCAUCCUCAGCACGCUGGCGGCCACCCUCAUCCACGCCACGGCCAUCACCCGCAGUGUCCCCGGCUGCACGGGCAGCCCGCUGCUGCAGCUGCGGCGGGAGUGGUGCUUCAACCCCAACACCAAGGCGCUGAGCAACGGGCUGGACGCCGUGGCGGUGCUCUUCUGCCUGCUGGAGUUCUGCACAGCAGUGGCGGCGCUGGCCUUCGGCUGCUCGGCUGUGAGGAGCCACAGCUACACGCGCAUGGCGCUGUAACGGGACCGGGCACGGGCCCACGGAGCAGGACCGGGCCCCACAGACCAGGCCCAGGCCCCAUGGAGCAGGCCCAGGCCCCACAGACCAGGCCCAGGCCCAGGCCCCACGGAGCAGGCCCAGACCCCGAAGCCUCAGCAGAAACCCCACAGGACCCCCAAUAAACGCCCCCCCCAACCCCCA